CGCACAGUUGGGACACUGUGUGGCCACUCCGGUGCCGUGAUGCGUGAGGAAGAGAAGGGGAUUUGCGCUCGUUUGGAUUGUUAAUUCCAAAGAAACGCACGCAAAACAAGCUGCUGAAGGGGUUGACGAUGGGAAAAGACUGCCAGUGCGCAAAAAUGCCCGACGCGUGUAAUAACUGUUUUCGUUCGGAGAAGUCGUCUAAGACGUGAGUGAUCGGUCUGCGUCUGACGCGGAAAAACAUGUGGUCGGGUUGUAGAUUUUUGUUUUUUUUACUCAAAAACGAAGAGGUCCAAGGUCGCGCGUAAAAGGACGAAUGGCGCGCAGAGUUGGCACAGCCUCGCUGCUCCAGGCGCUCGCGCUCUGGCUGCUUUGCGCGCGCUCCCUCGGACAGGUGUUCAACCUGACGCUCUCCGUCAAGGAGGGCCUGCCCGCGAAAACCAUCGUGGGAGACCUGGGCGCGGGCAUACGCGGGCCGAGCACCGGGUUCUUCAUCUCGGAGAGCAGAGACUCGUACGUGUUCAGGGACCUGGAGAUCGACGCGGACACGGGCAUCAUCUCCACCGCCGUGGUCCUGGACAGGGAGAGCAGGGACAAGUACGAGUUCGUCGCGGCCACCCUCUCCGGUGAGAUGAUCAAAGUGAGGAUCGAGGUGGAAGACGUGAACGACCAUUCGCCCGCGUUCCCCACGGGGGAGGUCAACUUGGAAGUGUCCGAGUCGAGCCCCCCGGGCAGCCGCUUUCAACUCGAAGGCGCCACGGACGAGGACGAGGGUGAGUUCGCCACCCGGGGGUACAGGCUCACGGAGAGCGAGAUGGGGGAGUCGUUCCACCUGGAGUACCGCAUCGGACCCGAGAACCACGCGAGCCUGGAUCUCGUCCUCGACGCCAAGCUCGACCGAGAAGCGCAGGACUUCUACUCGCUGACCGUCGAGGCCUUCGACGGCGGCGUCCCGGCCAGGACGGGGACCCUCCGGGUGGACGUCCGCGUGCUGGACGAGAACGACAACGCGCCCGCGUUCAACCAGACCGAGUACCACGCCUCGGUGCGCGAGGAUGCCCCGGCCGCGUCCGCGGUCUGCCGAGUGCGCGCCACGGACCUCGACCUGGGGGACAACGGCAGGGUCACGUACGAGAUCAACCGGCGCCAGAGCGACCCGGGCGAGGUCUUCUCCAUCGACGCCACCACGGGCGUCGUGUACCUCGACAGGCCGCUGGACUUCGAGGCGCAGGCCUUCCACGAGCUGGUCGUCAGCGCCACGGACCACGGCGCCCAGCCCGAGCGCAGCAGCGCCUUCGUGGGCGUGAAAGUGGUGGACGUCAACGACAACAGCCCCGCCAUCAGCGUCCUGUUCCUCAGCGAGACGGGGGACGCGGUGGUGUCGGAGGCGGCGGCGGUCGGGGACUACGUCGCCCGGAUUUCGGUGUCGGACCCCGACCCCGGAGGCGCGGGGGUCACGGUCACGCUGCAGGGCGGCGAUGGGAAGUUCGACCUGCAGCGGACGGACGCGUUCCUUUACGCACUGCGCGUCAGCGCAGAGUUGGACAGGGAAGACAGCGACCUGUACGAGUUGAGACUUCGCGCCUCGGACUCCGGGAGCCCCCCCCUGAGCAGCGAGAGGCUCUUCCUCCUGAGGGUGUCCGACGCCAACGACUGCCGCCCGCGGUUCGAGCGGGACGUCCACGUGGUCAGCAUCUCGGAGGACGCACCCGCCGGGAGCUCCCUCGUCCGGAUGCGCGCGCGGGACGCGGACGGCGAGGGCGUCAACUCGGACGUCCGGUACUCCAUCCUCGGGUCCAGCCGGGACGGGGCGGUGGGCGUCGACCCGGAGUCCGGCCUGGUGACCACGGCGGCGGCGCUGGACAGGGAGGCGCAGGCGCAGCUGUGGUUCCUGGUGGUGGCCGCGGACGGCGGGGAGCCGGCGCUGUCGGCCACGGCCACGGUCACCGUGCUGGUGGGGGACGUCAACGACAACGAGCCGGUGUUCCGCCAGCAGCUGUACAACGUGUCCAUACCGGAGCACAGCGCCACCGGCAGCUGCUUUCUGCAGGUUGUCGCCACGGACGCAGACGGCCCCGACUUUGGCACCGUGCUCUACUCUCUGUCCGACGGGCUCGACGCGCAGGACGAAAAGCCCCUCUUCCAGGUCCACCCUCAGACCGGAGAGCUGUGCGUGUCCCAGGACAUCGAUCGCGACGCGGGGCCGACGGCCCACGACGUUCUGAUCAAGGCCGAGGAUCCGGGCGGCCUCAGCGCUCAAACCUACGUGCACAUUGAGAUAGAAGACUUGAACGACAACGCUCCGGUGUUCAACCCCGGCGAGUACGCCACGAGCAUCGGCAGCCACGCGCAGCCCGGCACGGAGGUGCUCAGCGUCGUCGCCACCGACCGAGACUCUGGCGGGUUCGGACGGGUCACCUACGACAUCCUCCCCGGGGACGUGUCCGGUUUGUUUGCGCUGGAUAGAGAAACAGGGAUGCUCUUCCUGACCUCCACGCUGACCCACCUGGGCGCGGCCAGCGUGAAGCUCUGGAUAACGGCGCGGGACGGCGAGGGCGUGGCGGCGGUCCGACCGGCGGCGGUCACCAUCGACAUCUUGCGCAGCGCGCAGGCUCCGGCCGUGUUCCAGAGGUCGCGCUACUCCUUCACCGUGUCCGAGGACGCGGCUCCAGAGACCUCGGUGGGGACGGUGGCGGCCACGCGCCCGGCAGACUCGGAGGAAUCCGUGUCCUACCGGAUCUCCUCCGGCGACCCUCUGGGUUUGUUCUCCGUCCAUCCGAAGUCCGGCCGGAUCGGCAGCGUCAAACCCCUGGACCGCGAGGCGCAGCCGUACGCCCUGCUGGUGCUGCAGUCCUACACCGACUCGUCUCCCGUCUGCAGCAUCGCCCAGGUCAACAUCACCAUCGCCGACGUCAACGACAACGCCCCCGUCUUCCCCGCACGCAGCGACGCCGUCGCCGUGUCCCAGAACACUCGGCCGGGCACGGUGGUGUUCAUCGCUCAUGCGCACGACGGCGACAGCGGUGCCAACGGGCGGGUGCGGUAUCACCUGCGGGGCAGCGGGAGCGGUAUGUUUGUCGUCGACCCCCAGCGCGGGACGGUGGCGUUGAAUCAGAGUUUACGGGGCGAUCCUCAGCCGACGUACCGCCUGGACAUCGUGGCUCAAGACGGAGGAGAGCUUCCCCUGAGCUCCGCGCUCACUCUCACAGUCAACGUGGACCGCACCGCCGCCGAGGACAGCCUGGCCUUUGAGACGCUGGUGUACCAGGUGGAGAUAGGCGAGGGGUACCGCAAGGACUCCAGGGUCAUCCAAGUGAGGGCGCACCGGACCCGGGGAGCUCACACGUCCAACUCGGGCCUCACCUACUCGUUGGAGGCAGAAGCCGGGUUCCCUCCUGCUCCUUUUCGGGUUCACCCGACGACGGGAUGGUUGCAUCUGUCGCGCAGCCUGGACUACGAGACGGAAUCCGCGUAUCGCUUCCGAGUGUCGGCCGCGUCCGGCGAGGCCUCGCUGGCAAGCGGCACGGUCGCGGCCACGGUGAUCGUGCGGGUGCUCGACGUCAACGACAACGCGCCGGUGUUCGGCAGCGACGUCUACUUCUUCACCGUGUCGGAGGGGCCGUCGCCUCAGGGCCUGGUGGGAACAGUGGAGGCUGUGGAUAGGGACUCCGGGAAAAACGCCCAGCUCUCCUACAUCCUGCUCUCCGACGGGAAGUUCUUCCGCAUCAACUCUAAAACAGGUGAGAUCAUCAACUGGGUGGCGCUGGACCGGGAGCAGCACGGCCAGCACCGUCUGAAGGUGAUGGUCACGGACCAGGGUCACCCUCGCCUCAACGCCACCGCCGCGGUUCAGAUCCUUGUCACCGACGUCAACGACAACGCGCCGCAGUUCACACACCUGCCCGCCAGCAAAGAGCUCAACGUGCAGAUUUGGGCCGACCUGCCGAUGGGAUCCUUGGUGACAAACGUGUUUGCCAAAGAUUUGGACGCAGGAGAAAACGGAACGGUUUCCUUUUCAUUGGUCACCGCCGAUUUUCAGGACGACGAUCGUGGACACUUUGAGAUUGACGGUAAAAGCGGUGACAUCAGAACGACGGCGCUUUUCACCGACAACCCUGAACCGUACUACACGUUUAAAGUCACCGCCAGGGACAGUGGAGCUGCGCCUCAGCAGGACACGGCAGUCAUUCAUGUACAGGUUCAUGGGUUAGAGGCUCUGUACGGCCGCAGCGACCGCCAGAUCGUCAGGCGCUUUGCAGUGAGAGAGGACGCAGCGCUGGCGACCGUCAUCGGCUCCGCCGGCGUCCCGGACAAAGGGAAGUUCCACUAUUCCAUCUCCGAGGGGGACGGCAGCGUUCACUUUGGCAUCGACGGCUCUUCCGGCGACAUAUACGUCAGCCAGCCGCUGGACUACGAGUCCGCCGCGCAGUACUCCCUCGUGGUGCGGGCCGAAGACGUGGGACUGGCCCCCGGGGUCAACGUGUCUGUGCUGGUCGGCGUGAUCGUGGAGGACGUGAACGACCACACGCCCUGGUUCCCCGAUGAGCUGGUGACGUUCGGUCUGCGGGAGGACGCCGCGAUCGGAUCGCUGGCGCUGGCUUUCCACGCCAGGGACGGCGACGCCACUUUUCCCAACAGUGCCCUCCGCUACACCCUGACCUCUGACCCUGACCUCGGUGGCUCAUCGUCACGCUUGCCCUUUCAGGUCAACCCUCGCACGGGGAGCCUGACUGUAGCGGCACCUCUGGACCGCGAGACCACCCCCAGCUUCGCCUUCACCGUGACGGCCACCGACCAGGCCGAGAGGAGGGACGAGCGCAGGCGGGCGUCGGUGACGGCUCAGGUCUUCCUGCUGGACGUGAACGACAACAGGCCAGUGUUUGUAUCCGUGGACACAGCUCAGGUGAUGGAGGACGCGGAGGUGGGGAGUCUGCUGCAUCAUUUCGUGGCCAUAGAUGGAGAUAAAGGUGAAAAUGGACUCGUCUCCUACGUCAUCAUAGCUGGAAACAAUAAUGGCCUCUUCACCCUAGAGGAGAAAACGGGGCUCCUGUUCCUCUCGACCCCUCUGGACUACGAGAGUCGGCGUCUGCACCGCGUGACCGUCCGCGCCGCGGACCGCGGCCUCCCCUCGCUCUCCUCCACCCAGACCCUGACGGUGGAGGUGGGGGAUGUGAACGACCAGCCGCCCGUCUUCAGUCGGAGCGUCUACAACGCCAGCGUGGCGGAGAACAGAGACCCCGGGGAGCCGGUGGUUAGGGUCUCCGCCACCGAUAAGGAUUCAGAGGAGAACGCGGUGGUGUGGUACAGUCUGCUGCCCGGCCCGGGCUACGAGCUCUUCAGCAUCAACCCUUACACCGGUCUGAUCACCACCACCUCCUACCUGGACAGAGAGCAGCGGCAACACUACACCCUCAGGGUCCAAGCUCGCGACAGCAGCGCGCGGCCUCUCACGGGCACGGCCACGGUGCAGUGCUCUGUGCUGGACGACAACGACAACCCUCCGGAGUUCAUGCAUUCAUCCUUCCAGAUCAGCCUGCCGGAGAACCUGCCCCCCGGGGUCGUGCACACCGCCCAGGCCUCCGAUCCCGACCACGCAGAAAAUGGAACCAUACACUACUCCAUACUAGGCGAAGACUACCGAGGUCGCUUCACCAUCAACAGUCACACGGGUGUUGUCAGCACCACGCAGGCCCUUGACCGCGAGGAAAAGCAGAACUACACACUGGACAUACAGGCCCGUGACUAUGGCCCCGCCCCCCUCAGCUCCUCCACCCAACUGCAGCUACUGCUGCUGGACCAGAACGACAACGUCCCCGCGUUCGCCCGCAAGAGCUACCAAGCCUCCGUCAGCGAGGGCCAACCCGUCGGCGCCGAGGUCCUGCGCGUCGGCGCCUUCGACCCCGAUGAGGGCUCCAACGGGGACAUAACCUACUCCCUGACAGAGGACAGCAGCCAGGGGGCUUUCUCCGUGGACGCCACAACGGGAGUGAUCCGCACCACCAGGGCUCUGGACAGAGAGAACCGGGCUCAGUACACCCUCAGAGCCGUGGCCACGGACGGCUGCACCCAGGGACCCCUGAGCUCGAUGGCGUCCGUGACCAUCCAGGUGGAGGACGUGAACGACAACGCGCCGGUCUGCGACCAGAAUCCCAUCAACGCGUGGGUCUCCAUGAGGACCCUACCGAACCAGAUAGUCACCAUGGUGACAGCGAUAGACGCCGACCAGGGUGAGAACGGGACAGUGCAUUUCGCGUUGUCCGACGAAGAAAACCUGUUUGACGUCAACGCCGAGUCGGGGGAGAUUUCCCUGAGGAGGCGAGUGAGAGCGGGUUUCGCCGGGAGGAAGCUGCAGGUCGAGGCCUCGGACCGCGGACGACCGGCUCUGACGUCCACCUGCUUGGUUUUCAUCCACCUGAAGGGAGAACACGAAGGGCUGCAGUUCACAAGCAAAGUGUACAACGCUACUGUCAAGGAGAACAGUCGAGCUGGCACUUGGAUCGCCAAAGUGGAGGCCAGUGAGCAAACCAACAGCAGACAGAGGAUCACGUACACCAUAUUCGGCGGCAACGAGAAUCACGUUUACUCCAUUAACCGUCACACAGGUGAGAUCCGGCUGCAGAAGGACAACUCUCUGGACUUCGAGGCGGGCCCUCACAUCCAGCUGGUGGUGCUGGCUGACGACGGGCUGCAGACGGCUCACUGCAGGGUCGCCAUCGCCCUGCUGGACGUCAACGACAACGCGCCGCAGUUCGAACACGGCGGUUACAGGACGGCUGUCUGGGAGGGGCAAGUGCACAACACCUACAUAAUGCAGGUGUUUGCGUCGGACGCCGACAGCGGGAUGAACGGGCAGAUUGAAUACUCCAUCGUGUCCGGUAACCACAACGAUGCGUUCAUCUUGGACUCUGUGCGAGGGAUCCUCGCGACCAACGUUUUGCUGGACCGCGAGAUCACUCCAUCGUACAAGCUGGUUCUGCAGGCAGCAGACAGGGGGAACCCUCCACUCAGCGGCACCACCACCAUCAGGGUCCAAGUGGUGGACGUCAACGACAACAGCCCCGCCAUCCCCCCCACGGAGCCAGUGGUUAUAGCAGAGAACCUGCCAGCUGGCUACAUGGUCACCCAGGUGACUGCAAACGACGUGGACCUGAGCUCGACUAUCACCUACAGCUUCUCGGACAACCGAAGCACCGACAGCCCCUUUGCAAUCGACCGGUACACGGGCGUGGUCACUCUCACACAAGCCCUGGACUACGAGGAGCUGACAGAGUACACGCUGACAGUUUGGGCAUCCGACACCCUCCACCAGACCACCGGGGAGGUCAGAGUUCGAGUGCUUGACGUCAAUGACAAUGCUCCAGUCUUCGCCCAGGUCUCCUACCAGGUGGAGGUGUCCGAGUUGGUCUCUGCAGACACGCUGGUCGUGUCAGUGUCGGCCACCGACAGAGACUCUGGGCUCAAUGGAGAGAUCACCUACAGGCUGCUAUCAUCUCCUUUACAAGGCUUUUACAUCCAGCCCAACAAUGGUUCAGUUUUCACCAACAAGCCCCUAAAGGCCAUCACCAACGGCAACGUGCUCCACCUCCUGGUUGAGGCAAGAGACGGAGGCGAUCCCACACACUCCACCGUCACCUCGAUAGACAUACUGAUCCUAGAUACCAACGACCACGCGCCGCUGUUCCACCAGGACAUCUUCACCCUCACAGUCCCAGAGGACACCCCCACGGACACCACCCUCCUGACACUGUCCGCAGAGGACCGGGACUGGAGCCCUGAAAAUACCCAUAUGGACUACGCCAUCAUUAGGGGGAAUGAGGAGAAGCGAUUCUGUCUGGAAGUCAAAAUGAUUCAAGUUGAUGAUCAGAUGAAGAAUUCGGGAAAGCUCGUUCUGUGUAACCCUGUAGACCGCGAGACCACGGAGAGCUACGCACUGACCGUGAGCGUUUCUGAUCGAGGAACUCCUCCACUGAACAGCUCGGCCGUCGUCAUGGUGACUGUGACGGACUGCAACGACAACGCGCCUGUCUUUUCGAGCGCGGAGUACCAUGCUCAUGUGAGUGAAAGCAGCCAAGUGGGUUCUCGGCUGGUCCAGGUCAGUGCUCAAGAUCGUGACCUGGGAACCAACGGUCUACUGCGGUACGACAUUAUCUCCGGCAACAGCAAAGGUCACCUCAAGCUCGACCCUCAUUCUGGCCUUUUAGUGGUCAACCACUCGCUUGACUAUGAAGAAGACUCAAAAUACACCCUCACCAUCAGAGCGUCGGAUGGUGGCGAAUCAUCCGAAGAACAUAACAUUGCUUUUGCAGUCGUCUUUGUCACAGUGCUGGAUGAAAACGACAACACUCCAUACUUCGUGUUUCCUACCAUCAACUGUUCUGUGUUGGAGAACAUGCCGGCAUUCACCCACACCUGUUCCGUCCACGCUGUUGACAAAGACUUAGGCCACUUUGGCCAGCUCACCUACUCAAUCAUAUCUUCCUGCUUUAUGGACUAUGGUAGUGGCAGCCCCGACAGGAAGGAGGCCUUUGCCAUUGACCCCCUCACGGGCAACAUUCACACCAGACAGACCUUUGAUUUCGAACGUGAAGGCGAGUAUUGCUUUGUAGUGGAAGCCAGGGACAAAGGCGACAAGGCAGCUACAGUGAGAGUGCAGGUGACCAUCAAGGGAGUGGAUGAGUUCAGUCCCGUCUUCACCCAGAAGCAGUACCACUUCCUGCUGCCAGAAAACGCCAAGCCCGGAGAGACGGUCGGUUACGUGAUGGCGAUGGACCACGAUGGAGGGGUGGAUGGGAUGGUGGAGUACUCCCUGGAGAACUCUUCACCAUUCUUCUCAAUCAACAAAACCAUUGGCGCCAUCUUUGUGUCAGGUCCUGUAUUUCGCAGAAGAGGCCUCGCUGGUGAGGAUACAGCGGAGCUGGUUGUGUCUGCAGGUAGUCCCAGACUCGGCUCCAAGUCUACAACCUGCUUGGUUUUCGUCAACAUCUCCAGCUCCGCAGAAGCGCUCACCGGGGUUCCCCUUGAUGCGCACAUGCUUAGCCUCACUGCCUCGCUGACCACAUUCCUCCUUGUUCUCGGUUUUUUUGUGGGCAUGGUCCUCAGGUACAAGAUUAAAGCAGCUAGGAUCAAAAAGGCUGCGGCCAUCGCCUCGAACUUGAACCACUGCACGGGCUCAUUUGGUGGCUCCAAUGGCCAAAUGCAAAGAGCAAUUUUUCUCCAAGAGAUCAAACGGCCCAGCAUUGUGGUGACCAAGAGCGACGCGUCAAACUCAUACAAUCAGUCGGACUCGAGCGGCCGUGGAUCAGCAGAAGGUGAGACAGCCGAGGACCAGGAGAUCAAGUGGAUCAAUGAAUACCCCUGUCGCAAAGGAGAUGAUUCUUUGAUUGGCAACCAGACAGUGGAGAUCCCAGCCUCUGCCUUACCUACGUCUAUUGAUGUAGGGGCCGAGCAUGUUUUAUCAAUCGGUAAAUGUUUGGUCUCCGGAAUGGCCAGCACAGAAAGCCUCCACCACUUCAAAGAGGAGGGGGGCGGUGAGGGGCUACUUCCCGCUAUUAUUAGGGUGAGGGAUUUGGAGGAGAGCAUGGGGACAAAAGGGUACGCUCCCCACUCCGAAGCCCACGGCUCUGCAGAUUCUCUGUCCGCUCUGUUGUGUAUAGAGGAGCAGCUGCAGAGCGGCUACAACUGGGACUACCUGUUGGACUGGGAGCCGUGCUUCCAGACACUGGCAUCCGUCUUCACCGAUAUUGGGAUGCUCCCCGACGAGGAGCUCCAGGGAGGCCGCGAGGACUUGGCAGGCGAAUCGAGUAGCCUCAUGUACCCACCGCCCCUGAUAACGGGGGUGGCUCAGCCCGGCCUCAGGACUGUACCCCCGCGGAAGCCGGGGCGCGUGCCGAGCCUGAGCAGGAACCGCUCUUGCCGCAGAAAUGCGUAUUCUCCCUUAGCCAGGAACACGGGACUCACGCCUUCAGCCAUGACACCGACUUUCUCCCCGUCGCUGUCCUCUCUCACCAUGAGGACCCCCAAUGCCUCGCCAGUUGUCUCCGAGACUGGGGUAGGGGGGAUCAGACUUGACUCAGGGCCCCUCACUGCGAGCCUCCUGGAGGCAGAAAUACAGGUGUAGACAGGAACUCACUUCAUGAUCUGAUGGUCUUUCCCUUUGUUUGUUUUUUUUUUGGGGGGGGGGAUUUCAAGGGGAAACUGUACAGUUGCAAAACAAUAAUGUCUGAGACCUAUUCCCAACAUUGUUCCGGUUUGUCAAUGGUUUCAGACUCUAGGUUUCAUGGGUCUGGAUUUCAAGGGAGUGGUACCAGACAGAAUUGUCAUACAAAGGUAAUAUAGUCAUUUAAUUACUUAGAUUGUGGUCGAAUUCAUAACUUGCUUCUGUAAUAAAAACUAAUAUCUGGAAAAAGCCUCAACACAGCCUGGCAUUAUAGUUUAUAAUGCACCUCUUUGAAUGAGAGCAGAUGUUCGAGUCAGCAAUUAAUUAUUGAACGUUUUAUUGUAAACGUGUCUAUAUAUAUAUAUAUAUAUAUGCAGAAAAUGAAACACUUUCUCAUUGCACUUGGUUUGACUUUAAUAACCAAAGAAAGGCAAAAUAGUUUUGUGGUUAAGUCUAUCUUCCUGGAAUAAUAAAAAUAAAAAAUGCAUUUUGAAAUCAGGCCCAUUUUCACCCCCCCUCUUCUUUAAUGAAUUCAGCCAAUAAAAUACCAUGAUGAACAGAACUUAUUAUAUUUUUCUAAUUCUAGGACAGUUCUUUUCACGGAUUCAUGUUUUACUUCCUCUCUUGGGUAGAAACUGUUUCUUUCCCCCGUGAUUGUUUUUUUGUUUGUGCUGACUGAACACUAUUCGGACAGUGUGUCAAUAAACAGCACUUUAUGUUCAAAAUCCAGGGAACUGUAUGAGUGUUAAUUUGAAUAAAUUUGCAAUCAAAUUGUCAA